AGCUGUUUUUGGAGGGGUCUCGUAUUCUCAUUCGUCCCGGGGUUUUCGCUUCGUUGUCACUCGUCACAAUCAUCCAAAUUUCUCAAGCCAUAGAGAGAGGUAGAGAGGGAGAGGAUGGAGAACCAUAAGCAGAUGGAGAGGGACGAGGCGGGGCCCAUGGCGGUGGAGGCGGCGGAGGAGGAGGAGAACGGGCAGGUGGGGUCCAGCCUGACCCUGGAGAGGGUGGCUGCGGCAAAGCAGUUCAUAGAGAGCCACUACAAGGCUCAGAUGAAGCACAUCCAGGACCGUAAACAGAGGCGCUCGGUGCUGGAAAAGAAGUUGGCAUCUGAACAUGUACCAGAGGAGGAACAGAUCAAUUUGUUGAAGGAUUUGGAGCGCACAGAGACUCAAUACAUUCGCCUUAAAAGGCACAAGAUUUGUGUAGAUGAUUUUGACCUUUUGGCCAUAAUUGGGAGAGGGGCCUUCGGAGAGGUUAGACUGUGCCGGGAGAAGAAAUCUGGCAAUAUUUACGCCAUGAAAAAGUUGAAGAAGUCAGAAAUGCUCAGUAGGGGGCAGGUUGAACAUGUUAGAGCUGAAAGGAAUUUGCUUGCAGAGGUUGCCAGUCAUUGCAUUGUGAAACUUUACUAUUCCUUUCAAGAUGCUGAAUACUUGUAUCUAGUCAUGGAAUAUCUACCUGGUGGUGACAUGAUGACUUUGCUUAUCAGAGAAGAGUCUUUGACUGAAACUAUUGCUAGAUUUUACAUUGCGCAAUGUGUUCUGGCCAUAGAAUCUAUUCACAAACAUAACUACAUUCACAGAGACAUAAAACCAGACAAUCUUCUGUUAGACAAAAAUGGUCACAUGAAGCUUUCUGAUUUUGGUCUUUGCAAGCCUCUUGAUUGCUCAAAUUUAUCUUCCAUAAAUGAAAAUGAAGUGCUUGAUGAUGAGAACCUGCAUGAGACAAUGGAUAUUGAUGAAUCCUUCCCAGAAACCAAAAAUGGGAGGCGCUGGAAAAGCCCGCUUGAGCAACUUCAGCAUUGGCAGAUAAACAGGAGAAAAUUGGCAUUUUCUACAGUUGGAACUCCAGAUUACAUCGCUCCAGAGGUAUUGUUGAAGAAAGGAUACGGCAUGGAGUGUGACUGGUGGUCACUUGGUGCAAUAAUGUAUGAGAUGCUGGUUGGUUAUCCUCCAUUUUACUCUGAUGAUCCAGUCACAACAUGCAGAAAGAUUGUACAUUGGAAAAAUCACUUGAAAUUUCCUGUCGAGGCAAGGUUGACACCUGAAGCAAAGGAUCUGAUUGGUAGGUUCCUUUGCGAUGUUGAAAAUAGACUUUGUAGAGCAGACCAAAUUAAGGCUCAUCCUUGGUUUAGAGAUAUUGCAUGGGACAGACUUUACGAGACGGAGGCAGCAUUUAAACCAGAGGUCAAUGAUGAACUUGAUACUCAAAACUUUAUGAAGUAUGAUGAGGUGGAUCCACCAGCACCUGGAAGAACUGGAUCUGGACCAAUGAGAAAGACGUUGUUGACUCCUAAAGAUCUCAGUUUUGUUGGCUACACAUACAAGAAUUUUGAGGCUGUCAAAGGGUUGCAUCAUUCAUCUGAUCUAAAGAGAAGUACAUCGCUGAACCGGACAUCUGUUGACUCUUCUCAAAGUGAUUCUGUACUGGACUACUCCACUAAGUAUUCCUCGUACGACAUGGAAGCUCAGGUACUUGCUGCAUCAGAGGAUGUCAUGUCAGAGUGACUCGUAGCAUCUAGUAUGACAGGCGGAUAGAGCCCUUCUAGGAACAUGCUGGGCGCACCUGCUUGUUUUUUCCGGUUAGGUUUUCACCCACAUGAUCAACACAGUUGACAGCUACAUCUUGCAGAACAGUGUACAGUAGUAAUGUUGAAGACGCUUCAAGAUGACCCGUUGGAUGGGUUGGUUUUGUAGGAGUAGUACUAGUAGAUCUUGAGAGCUUUUUGUAUCCCAGUAGGUGUGAGAGUUUUGUCAAGGUCUUGGCUACCCAGGUUGGCAUUCAAAAUGUGCCUUCACUUGUGGCAGUUUUUGAUCUUUCUUCUCUUGAUUGUCUAUAGAAAAUUAUGGUUGCCGAAACAUGAAAAAACUGAGGUUUUGAGUCCUAAAUUUGAGGAUGUUAUUGAUGUUGAAAUCUUAUAGUCCCAUAUCUUCCCAAUACUUAUAUCUCUUAUUUCAUAUAAAAUUGAUUGCAGCUGAGUGCAGUUUGGCUU